AUGUGUGCUGCGUUAUGCCAGGUUAUUAAUAGUGUGCCGGUGGUUGAGGGGGUGGAUGACUCCUAUGUGUGGUGGCCAGAACCAAGUGGUGUGUACACAGUGCAAUCGGCUUACAAACUGCUACGUGCGCACACUCUGGGUGCUGGUGAUCCGGUGUUUAGUUUGGUUUGGGACUCAGCGGCUCCGUCCAACGUGUGUGGUCUGAUAUGGAGGGUUAUUUUGGAUCAGUUGCAGUCCAAAGCAAAUUUGAGGAAACGGGGAGUUAUUCAUUCUGAUGAGGAAGCACGAUGUUCACUUUGCUUGCAGGAAGAGGAGUCUACGUCGCAUCUUCUUCUUAAUUGUCCAAGGGUGGCUAGUGUGUGGGCACGAUGCUAUCGCUGGCUUGGUACUCCUACUGUGCUUCCGUAUGAUUGUGUUUCUCAUUUGCAGCAGCAUGUUAGCUUGCAGCUUAAUUCGAAACAGAACCAGUUGUUUCGAGUGAUUUGGUUUGCGGUUGUUUGGAUGGUUUGGGGGAGGAGAAACUCGGUUAUUUUCAAAGGAGCUAGUUGGGUGGAGGACGAGGUUUUUGAUGGGAUUCAGAUGAGGGUGUGGUUUUGGUUAACGGGGAGGGUGAAGGGGUUUGGCUUUUCAGUUUAUGAGUGGCUUUCAAAUCCAAUUUUGUGCUUACAAUCGGUGGCCUGA